AUUCCCCCUCCUUCCUGAGUGAAUAGUGAGUGAAAGCAGGGAUUGCUAGGGAAGGUGAGUUUAGUAGUAAAGCAUUGAAGUGGUGGCUACAAGCUAGGUAGCUAAGUGUCCUUUUAAAGCAGAUAUAAACGAGCGUUUUUUUUUUAUUCAUUAAAACAUACACACAAAAAAGUAAUCGGCAGGAUACGGAGGAGCCAAGUUACAUUUUACAUCCUAAAACCUGGCCCUCCCUGCACAUCGAGCGGGAGGCUGGUCAAGUUAGCUGCUAAGAUUAGCUAGUACUGUUAGUACGAGUAAAAACCUGGAGAGACGAAGAGGGGUGAGACGCCAAGUUAGUAUGUUGCCUUCAAAAUAAAACUUUGACCAGCUGGUUUCGGAUGAAACUGAGCAUUGGGAAAUCGAAUCGGAGCCAGAAAGUAUGUUUUAUUUAAACAAUCGCAAGACAGCUGCAAUAUUGCUGCUGGCAGAGCCGAAUCGUUUGUGUGGUAGCGGGUCAGUGUCCCGCGAAUGGUCCUGUUCAGUGCCAUGGAGACGUGAGGGCUUCUUUUUCCUCCUCCUGCUCCAAGCAGCCGUCUGCCUUGCGAAUCCCAGCGUCCCCGGUGUCAGCAACUACAGACCCGGUGUCAACGUCUUUAUGAGCGGACAGGAGGUGAAGAAGUUUUUGGGUCAGGACGCCGAGCUGUACUACGUGAGGGACGAUGUGGUCAGCCACUACGCCCUGUCCUUCAUCAUGCCCGUGCCUGCUGAUACCAACAGCCUGCAUUUCACCUGGCACUCCAACAAAAAGGUGGACUACAAGCUGGGCUUCCAGGUGGACAACCCUGCCGCUAUGAGCCUGCCCAAAAGCAGCAUACCAGCUCAGGGGGAGGUGCCUCGGAGCCGAUCAGUGUUCCGAGUGGAUCUCUUCUGUUUGGGGAAAAUGGACGCCGAGGUGAUCGUGACGAUGCAACUCAAUCUGACCAUCCAGGCUAACAACUUCACAGCCCUUAACUUCAAACGGAGGAAAACAUGUUACAAGCGACUUGAGCAACCGGAUCCCAAGGUCCCCGCGUUUCCAAACAAAACCCUGAACAGGCCGAUGUUUGAGACCGUAAACCCGGCCCCCACCACCUCCACCCGGGUCUUCUACAUCAGCGUGGGGGUGUGCUGUGCCGUCAUCUUCCUGGUGGCCAUCGUCCUGGCGGUGCUCCACCUGCACAGCAUGAAGAGGGUGGAGAUGGAGGACAGCGUGAGUGACAGUGGGAGCUCCCAGGGCCUGUCUCAGCCAUCCACACAAACCACUCAGUACCUGAGGGCGGACACCCCUAACAACGCCACCCCCGUCACCAACAUUCAGCCUGGUUCUGCACCCAUCCUCCACCUCGCUGCUGCCUCCUUCCCCAACCCCGGCGCCCCCUCCCACGAAGCCAAAAUCUACCCUUCGCUGCGUAUCGAAAAGAACGACCUGAGGAGCGUCACGCUGCAGGAGGCCAAGGCGAGGGUCAAAGACAUCGCCAUCUCCAGGGAGAGGGUGACGCUGAAAGACGUCCUGCAGGAAGGAACGUUCGGCCGCAUCUUCCACGGCUUUCUCCUGGACGAGAAGGACCCCACCAAGGAGAAACAAGUGUUUGUGAAAACGGUGAAAGACCAUGCCUCUGAAGUGCAGGUGACGAUGAUGGUCACGGAGAGCUGCAAACUGCGUGGCCUGCACCACAGGAACCUGCUUCCCAUCAGUCACGUGUGCACGGAAGAUGGGGAGAAGCCCAUGGUGCUGCUGCCCUACAUGAGCUGGGGGAACCUCAAGCUUUUCCUCCGGCAGUGCAAGCUGGCUGAGGCCAACAACCCUCAGGCCGUCUCCCAGCAGGACCUGGUUCACAUGGCCAUCCAGAUCGCCUGCGGGAUGAGCUACCUGGCCAGGAGGGAGGUUAUCCAUAAGGACCUAGCCUCAAGGAACUGCGUGAUCGACGACAGCAUGCAGGUGAAGAUCACAGACAACGCUCUGGCCCGGGACCUCUUCCCCAUGGACUACCACUGCCUGGGGGACAACGAGAACCGGCCCGUGCGCUGGAUGGCCCUGGAGAGCCUGCUGAACAACGACUUCUCCAGCGCCGGCGACGUGUGGGCUUUUGGAGUCACCCUAUGGGAACUGAUGACUCUCGGACAGACCCCCUACGUGGACAUCGACCCCUUCGAGAUGGCCGCCUACCUCAAGGAUGGCUAUAGAAUAGCACAGCCAAUCAACUGCCCAGACGAACUGUUUGCAGUGAUGGCGUGUUGCUGGGCCCUUGAUCCCGAGGAGAGGCCUAAGUUUCAGCAGCUGGUGCAGUGCCUGACUGAGUUCCACGCUGCCCUGGGGGCCUACGUCUGAAAUCCCGCUCCGGAUUUUCCAGGACCGACAAAGCUGUCAAACAGCAUUAGCCCAGCUGAACAUGCCGGAAAUAGUGCCUUGCUCAAGAACGAAACAUUCAAUAGACUGUUUGAAUACUUACAUGUUUUGACAUUGCCAACACCUAAUCCCUGUGUUUUUCUGGAAUUCGUGAUUCAGACAAAGCCUCUAAUUGACACGCUGAAUCACAAAUUUACCAAUGAAGGUCAUUUUUAUUACCUGCUCCAAACUCCACAAGUGAAAAGCAAUCCCUCCCAACUGGAAAAGCCGGUGCAACAAUGCAAAUCGCUGCACUCUUCAUCUUUUAUGAAAUGCUAAUGUACAAGAGGGGGAGGAUAAGUUUGCCGCGCUUUUAUUCCCCAGUGUUUUGCUUUUGGAUUUAAACCUUCAAAAUCUGGGCUGAUUUGUAAAGAGACUUAAAAAAUAUAUACAUAUAUUGUACAGUUUUGUGUAUCUUGGAAGAAAAUUUGUGUAUUUCCUUGUUUUUAGAUGUGAUGUGUUCUGUGAGAGAAAGGCUCCAGAGUUUUGACCUCAAUAAUGUGCCUAAGCCAACAGUAAACGGUGUAUUUACUGUGAUCACAGGGUAUUAAUUCACACUGCCUCCUGCACAGGUUCGAUAUCUUUUGUGCCUGACUAUGGGUUUCUGACCAGAGAAUUGCAGUCAGUCUAUUGGGAAGGGUUAUGUGGGCUCUGGCUUGUUUAAGUCACGCAACAGGCAAUUUACCAGAGGUUUGAACCAAGUGCCCAUAAAGGUUCACACACUUGUCCCUGCGGUGGUAAUCUAUUGGUACAUACAAUUGUACCCCUAGCUAGCAAUAGGUAAUUCAUUUGUACAUUUUCUGCUCAGUUCAUAUUAGUAUCGAAAUAUAGCAUUACUGUAAUUUGAGGGUACUCUUGACAAAUGUGUUUUGUGAUACAUUUCCUUGUAUGCAAGUCCUGUAGUUCUAUUGCAGAUGCCCUUGUUAACUGAGCAUGCCCAAAAAUCUGGAGGGCUGUAUACAUCCUCUGAUUUUGGAGAAGAGGUGUGUUCUCAGUUGGUUUAUUGUGUGCAGACACACAACCCUCCCAUGCACUAGAACAUUGUUCACAGCUAGUGUUUGGUCUUGGCAAAUAAUAAGCAGAGCCAGAUUUACUCUUUAUGCCUUCUCACAUACAGCAGUGCUCGGGAAUAAAGCUACUGCAGUCACAAUAUGAAAAUAUGAAAAGUAGAAUUGCCAGAUGUAUAAUUUCCCAAGAUUUUAGUCUCGCUGUAGGUCUUUAGGACAUCAUGGUGAACACAAUACCUCGAUUAAAGGGUGUUUUUAUGUCUCGUUAUGGUAUGUAUUACUACGCAGGUUAAACUGGUAAUUCAGGCAGGUUUUGUAAGGGGUUAUGAAUUACACAUGAAUUACACGUGAUGUUUAGAAUUGAAGCUUCUGACUUCUGCGUUCCUUUCAUGACGCAGUCGGCUUCCAAAUGCCAGCACCACAAGCUGAAGUCAAACCUGUCUAAGAGUCCGAUAUUUUAGUGCUCUGCCUUUUAGUGAAAGAAACAAGUCCAGACAAUCCUGUUUUUGCUGGACCCUGAUGUUUUACCCAAGGACCAACAUAUUUAUCGAACCUAGGUUUUGCUUUGACUCCACCACUCUUGUUUUCUUUUGACUGCACAACAAAGCUGUCUAGAACUUGCAGUCAUAACUGUUACAGCAACAGUUCUGGCUAGGUAUGUGCCUACUGCCUAACCGAUGCAGUACUUCUGUUGCCCUGUUUUACUGAAAAAGCUAUAUCUAGGGCAUCUAACAUGGAAUCCAAACUAGUGACUAAUAGAAGAUAACAAUUAGCUUGCGUUAUAUGAAAUUUGCUCUCACAUAAACAUAAUAAGCAAGCUGUGUGUAGCUAAUGUUAGCAACCACCAAGAGCCAACUACCCAACUACCUGAAGAACUGGACAUUGUAUUGUACUUGCGGUGUUCAAAUGAUAAGACUGCCAUUUACUUUUAACUGAAACGCUGAUUUCUUUUUUUUUUUUACACUGCAAUCCCCAUUGUUUUAUUCUUGCUUUUGUGUACUGUGCAUGCACUUGAAUUGUGAGGCAGAGCUGUUUGCCACUUCCUUCAUGCCUGAUUUGUUAAUAUACUGUAACUUUAGCUAAUCGAUAUCUGCCAGUUUGCUAGUUUGGAUUUCAUGUUAGCUAGCUUUUUUCUGCUGAAACACUGAGAUGAAGAAUUGCUUCCCUCACUUUCCUUCCAGACCACAGGAGCCCACUAACAAUCACAAUGAUCGCAGAAGCGAGGGUUGUCUCUGCCAUCUUGUUGCAGCUUCCUGUCUACGUGUGACGUACAUACUGCGUAAGCCUUCUUGCACAUGCGUGUUUCAACAAGGUUAUUCAGUCAGUCUGUAAGGGACAUAGACAUUUCUAGACUGGCCCUGCAGAAUCCAGCAAAAAUAAACUUUAGAUCUUUUGAACCUGCACACCAUUUUACAUGUAGAUGCUAUUGCAAUUGCCCGUGUGUGUGGUCUGUGUGUCUGUCUCUGGCUCAUUCCAUUCAAAGUUUUGAGAUCUUUAAUUGAAAUAUCUGCUCAGUUGUAAAUAAGUGUAGCUUUUGCAGAAUGUUGUGCGGGGAACGGAUGCUGAACUCAACCAGGAGGAAGUGGAGGUCCAUUAUUUGAAUUGUGUCUUUUGCCAUUCCCAUUUUUCCCAUUGACAAUCCAUUGUAUAAAUACAGGGUGUGCCAUUACAGAUCAUUCUUCAGAAUCGUGGUCACGGUGCCCCAUCUGUUCACUGUUUUUCAUUCAUGUUUGUCUUCCAUUACUGUUUAGGGCAAUGCCUUGAAACCUCUGAUGAACCACUUACUGUUGGCUUGGCCCUUUUCAACUGGUGUAGGGUUUUGAUGCAGGCACUUGCUCUUGUAGCAGUGGUGCAGAACUCCGGUCCUGGAGGUCUGCCAGCUGGUUUUUGUUCCAACCGGUUACCUUAAUUUAUUUUUCAUAUGUUUUUCUCUAUCAAUGAUGCUGGUUCACUCCUGUACUUGAGCAAAGUACAGUCUUUAGGAUACACACUGGUGUAUAUACAAAUGUCUGAUCAAGACAUUAUUUAGCUCAUUAAAUAAUUAAGAGCAGAAGUUGGCACAAAAUCCUGAAGUGGAACGGACUUUGCUGUGCACACCUGUCUUGUAGACGCUCAUUCAAUACAGUCACUGAAUUUGUCAUGGAUAAGUAAACAGGGGUGCGGAUGGGGGUGGAGGAUUCAAAUCUCAUUUGUCUGGGUAGAUGAUAAUGCUGAGCACUGAGUGCUGAAAUACUCAUCCAUCUCAUCCUUGGAUUGAUUGAUCUCAUUAAUUAAAAGAAAAUUUGUUUUGAAAGUACUAUUUCACAUAGGGCAUACAAAUUUAUUUCGGAUUGUUCAAUAAAGAGAAAGCUACGAA